ACUGUGAGAUGUGAGCAAGAGCAGAAGAGAGUUGAGGGCUUGAGGCAUCUGGGACGAGCAGCUGGACAGGCAAAGUGGGGACACACAAGGAAAAAAGAAACCCAAUCGUAUCAAUUAUAUUUUUAUUUCCACCCAAAAAGUCGACAUGAUGCAGUUGGAAAUGUUACUUGUGCUGGCCUGUGCAAUUUUUGUUCCUAUAACGAACAGCAAAAAAACUUAUGGAGACAUGUUCCCUCACAAACACAAGCUCCCUUUUCCAUUCCCUAUCCCUGGAUGGGAUCCGGACACAAACCCUUGGGAUGAAUCUCUGUAUCCCCCCUUCAAACAACAGCUGACUCGCAGACACGACAAACCACCGAAGGUGCGCCUCACGAGCGACAGCCCUGCAAUGAACGGCUCGUGCGUGUCGUUCACUGCAGCUCUGGAGUUCCCACCAUGCCAGAAGGAGGACAGCAAUGGUAACCUGGUGUAUGACGAGCACUGUGACGACGGUAUGAUGGAGGCCUCAGCUAAUGGGCAGGUGCGUUCAGGUUAUGUGUUUAACUGGACAUCCUGGUUGGAUGACUAUGGUUUUGGGAAGUGUACAGAUUUGAAGAGGUGCAAUGUUUUUCCUGAUGGAAAGCCUUUUCCUUUGACCAGUGACUGGAGACGUAGAGGUUAUGUCUAUGUGUGGCACACCAUGGGCCAAUAUUUUGAGACAUGUGAUGGCUCCUCCUCCCAUCUGACCUUGAACACUACUAACAUGACAUUUGGAGCCGGUGUGAUGGAAGUGAUGGUUUAUCGUAAACGUGAGCGCAGAAAGUACAGCCCACUCUCUACGGACAGUACUGUGUUCUUCAUAACAGAUAAGAUUCCACUCUCAGUGAACAUUUCCCAGAAAGAAGCAGCCAACAUAACUGACAAAAGCAUGUUUGUCAGGGGGUCUGAUGUGAUUUUCAACGUCCAAGUCCACGACCCAAGUAAAUAUCUGAAGACAGCUGAUGCGGUGGACUUCAUUUGGGACUUUCGGGAUGGCAACCAGUUGGUCACCCACAGCAAUGUGGCAACGCAUGCGUAUAACAAGCUUGGAAAUGUUACAGUCAAGCUCCUAGUGGAGGCAUCAUUCCGUGUACCCUGCCCACCACCGACUCCAACACCAAUGCACUUCACACAGGCUCAUACCCCAGAAAUGCCUACUCUACCUCCUGGCACUCAUACAUUCACUAGCAAAAUAGAGACCACCAAGGCUCCUAUUAUCACCAAUCCUUCACCAAGUACCACCCGUCGCGUUCCUACUACUGCUGUCCCAACAACCGAACCAUUCCAAACUGAUUCAGAGGUGACAUCCAUUACAGCAACUGCUGUACCUGAGGCCAGCUCAACCUAUAAGCAGCCCACACCUCCACCGAUGAUCAAACACACACACUUCAUGGAGUCAGACUGUUUCCGCCACAUGUAUGGUUCAUUUGAAGGCGAGAUAUUCAUCAUUGAACCUCCUCCAGCUCUUCGGAAUCUGCCAGCUAAUCAGAUUUUAAAAGUGUCAGCUGACAAAAUUUCCAACACAUCAGUAAACUUCAUGGUGACAUGCUCAGGCAGUGUUCCCUCAGUGGCCUGCACCAUAGUGGCCAACUCCGCCUGUCGGGAGGUCAAGAAUAUCUUGUGUGAGGACGUGGCCCCUAACGGCGAGGGCUGCAAGAUCAGUUUGACACGCAUUUUCCAAACGCCGGGCACUUACUGUGUCAACAUCACGCUGGGUGUGCCUGGAGGCUUGGCUCUUGCCACCACCACUUCAGUCACAAUUGGCAACAGCCCUGACAAGAAGACUCCUAAAUCCUCCCACGUUGCUGAGGUGGUUCUGUCUUCCAGCGCUGUGCUUAUUUCCAUCUUUGCAUUCAUUGCCAUCAUGGUGUACAAGCGAUAUAAGGUGUAUCGUCCAGUGAGACGCUCCAUGCUGGAGGAUGCUGAGAGAAAUGCUGGUAGCUGGAGUUUAAGAAGACUAAGAGCCGCUCUGUUCCCUGCCGACGAGGAGAGGAGUCAUUUAUUGACAGAAAGGCCACAAUAGACUGAUUCGAGUCGUCGCAGCUGCUAUUUAUUCAAUACAUCACUCAAGCUGUAGUCCAUCUAAAGUGAUCUCGUAGACGAGUGUUUUCAGAUAGAUUAAAUUACUCUGGCAUCUUCAGUUAAGAUAGAAUAAACAAUCAAAGCAUUUUAGUUACCGCACAUACAAGCUUUAAAGAUUUUGAAUGGGAGAUAUGGGAUGAAUCUACAGGGUUUUACAAAUCUCAAGUAAUCAUCUAAAAUGACUAAAACUAUCUGACAUAUCACAGAAAAUAUUUGGUUUACCCAAACCAGAAUCACUAAAAUAUGAACUAGGACUUGAAGCUGAAAAUUACCGCAAUUUUGAGUGAAGCUUCGUGGAGUUUGAGUUGACAUGUUCAUAUAUGAAAUGUUUCUUAAUGUGCAGAAAGGAUGAGAAAGUUGAGUGAGAAGGGUUGGGCUAUGUUCUGAAAAUAUUCAAGAGAUAUUAGAUUCAUUGUGAAUGUUUGGGGAGUGAAUUUGGGACUCUUUUUUGGGGAAAGACCGAUGUCUUUCAGUUGAUGGUAAUUAAGCUGUUAUUUCAUACUAACAAUUACUUAUAACACAUGAAUUUGGGAAAUUUGCAUUGAUCACAUACAUGCAAGUUGGGUAUUUAAAUUAAUUUGACAGCACUUCUGGAAAAUAUAAUUAGCUAAUCAUUCAUGAUUAUAGAAAUGAACCACUCCUGUAAGUGCUGUAUAUACAAAUAUAUUCUAAUAAACUUUCUAAACCACUA